ACAACAACAACAACAACAACAACAACAACACAACGACAACAACAACAACAACAACAACAGCAACAACAACGACUCUAACGCGUUAACGUGAUAGUGAGACUCGGACUGUACUUUUAUUUGGUUAUAUUCUGUAUAAUAAGGCAAGCAAGCAAGAGAUAGACCAGACAUAGAGUGAACCAGGAUUCCUGGUACUGGUAUUGGUGCAGCCUGCAGCUGAUAGCACUAAGUAGGGAGGGCAGGUCGCGUGCCGGCGUGGUGCUCUCCAACUCCCGUACCGGGAGAGGACCCGACCAGGUACUUACCUUACCUUACCAACCUCUCUCACGGUUAUUCCACAGCUCCGCGCUCAUCCACGCGGUGCUGAGCUAACGCUCAUUCCUUGUUUCUUAUUUCUUGUUCCUACUAAUAAUUAUUACACACAUUCUACUAACUUUUAAUUAUUAGUCGGGAACUAUUAUCACUUUGUUUUGUUAAUUUAAAGUUAAGUGACUUUUUUAACAUUUACUACCGAAAUCUUAUCAUUGAUUUUGAGAUUUUUUUUAGACUUUGCACGGAAGUUUUAGUGUUCAGUGCUACAAUUGAUAAUUGAUUGAUUAAUUGAAGUGUGUAAAUAUUUUUUAGUAAGAAAUAGAGCAAGUGCAAUACAGUGUGGCUUAAUGACAGUGGAGACUUGAAUUUAUUACGGAGGAUUACGGAAAUUUUUUAGUUAUUUUGGGGCUCAGAAAAGACUAGGACUGUAGAUUAUUGAUCAUUUUUAUAAUUCGGAAGUGCAGCAUGCUAUAUACGGUUGUAUUUUAAUCUUUUAUGUGAUGACUUUGUGCCCGCGGCUGAUAAGGGCCAGUGACACGUGCUUUGGUUAUUUUUCCACAUGUGCCUAGUGGUCGGUGCGACACGUGGAUUAACUAUUACUGCUGUUUUUUUGUAAGCAAGCUGUGCUUUUUUCUACGAGAUCAAAUGAAGUGUAAAUAGCCAAAAAGAGGGACUCAAAAAGGCGUGAGAUUCAAACGGGUGUAAUGAGCGAAUAUCUCAGGAGCAGCCUGUCCCCGUUAGCUUGCCCGAAGUACCUACCAGCUGCCAUGCGGGAGAAAGACUCCAGUCCUCGAAAAAUGCCCGGACACAUCAGCCCUAAGCAAGCGAGCAUCUACCCCCUGAGCGUGCGCGUCUCAGACAUGGAAGAGCUGCCGUACGACCUGAGCCACGGCAACAGCAGAACAAGCCCCGGCUCCCACCAACAUCAACACCAGCACCAGCCCCACAUGAGUCCGGCAGCCCGACCUCACAACCACCCCGAGGACAUGGACUGCGAGCCCUUGGACCUGCGCGUCGACCACAAGAAAGAGCACCUGAGGGACGAGAACCAGAACGACAUCGAGGUCUUGAACCAGAACGGCCUAGGAGUUCCCUACCACACGGUUCUGUUCCCCCAGCACCACGCAGUGCAUCCCCUGGUGCUGGAGGCGAUGUACAGAUCUCACCCUCCCAUCCCUGAGCUGCCCAAGAUCCAAGUUCGAGCUCUUCCGACAAUGGUUCCGCUGCCCUCGAACCGGUUCUCGGCACCCUCGACCCCGUCAUCGUCAACCAGAGCCUCCAGUCCGCCCAGCCAGCCGACGUCGACACCAACUCCAGUGAGCAAUCCUUACUCCGUUGGAGUGGGAAACUCUGGACUGAAGCCCAAAGAUCGGUACUCGUGCAAAUUCUGCGGGAAAGUUUUCCCCAGAAGUGCGAACCUGACCAGGCACCUGAGAACCCACACCGGGGAGCAGCCCUACAAGUGCAAGUACUGCGAGAGGUCCUUCAGCAUCUCCAGCAACCUCCAGAGACACGUCAGGAACAUCCACAACAAGGAGAAGCCUUUCAAAUGUCCUCUUUGCGAGAGAUGCUUCGGCCAGCAGACGAACCUGGACAGACAUCUCAAGAAGCACGACGCUGAUGGACCUACGAUACUUGACGAGGUUCGCUCGCGGUACCACGGGCAGCUUCCUCGAGCAGAUGAGUCGUACUUUGAAGAAAUCAGGAGCUUCAUGGGGAAGAUAACCUCCCAGAGGCAAGGAAUGCCUUACUUUUCGGGACUCCUGGCGCCAACUGCGGAGGAACUGAGAACUGAAAAGCAGCAAGCGCUGGAAGACAAGCGCGGCGACUCCUCGUACUUCAGCGAUAGGGAUAACCUCAGCUCCAGGUCGAGCAGCAGCGCUUCUAGGGCUGAAAGCGUUCAUGAAGACCAACGUGAUACCACGCCGCCGUUGUCGCCUGGAAAUACUUGAUUUUUGUUUUGUUAAGUUUAAUUAAUUUAAGGAAAAUUAUUUCAUGGUAUUUAAGUGUAAAUGAGCUUACGAUGCUUGAUAGGUUUAAGGAGCUACUGCGCAUCGGUCGGCGUUUAGAGACAGCGCUUGGUUCUCGCCUGAUAGUUACAAUUUAUCGAAUUUUAUUGUUGGUAAUGUUUUGUUUGUUGAACAAGAGAAAAUUUUUUUUUUUUAAUAAUUUUUUUUUAUAUUUAAUAAAUGUUUUCAUAAGCGAUAAUUGAUCAAGGAUAAUUGUUAGAUAUCUUGUUAAAUAAAUGGAAUAUUAUCAAUAUUAACAUUUAAUAAGAUAAUAUUAUUUAAAAUUGUUAAAAUAUGGUAAGCAACUGCGUUGCAGAUACAAAGUGAAAAUGCUUGAUCAGUGAUUAUUUCUUCAUCUUCAUUAUAUUUUCCUUGUUAUGUUAAAUAUCCCGACUACUCUUGGAGUCUGUCGAUCGGUAUCAAGAUCAAAUUACUAUGAAAUCAAUAUAAUGAUUGAGAGAAAGUCGAUAUAUGAGAUACCGAUGAUACGAGCCGAAAGAAAAAUGAAAUAAAAUAAUAAGCGGGGAAUAUAUUGAUAGUAUUUUUAUGCCUCAUUUUAACGAUAAGACAAGAGAAGAAACGCCGAGAUUAAUGUUUUUUAGGGUUACUUUUAUUUAGUUAACGGCAAUAAUAGCGUAAUAAUUGGAUUGCAGUAAGAGUUUAUUUAGCAAGAAAUAAAAUUGCGACAAAAGCAACCUAAAACUCGUUGCAGCAACAAGUUGAGGUAAAAAAAUUUUAAUAAAAGUACUUUUUUUUUUUCAUAAGUAUAAGCUAACCAAGCCGAUUCGUUCCGGUAGGAAGUAAUUCUGGAUUUUAUUGCCUAGAAAGUGAAUUGAGAGUGGCCUGAUGGGACAUAAACACCGAGAUCGGCUUAAACAUCGACAUCUAGAUCAGGAUUGGAGGUAAAUAGCCGAGGCACGCGUGGAUUUUAAUUUUUAUUUAUAAUAUUAUAUAGUUAUGGAGUCGAUUUGAUUGGUGAUGGCUAAUAAAGGCCUGGGUAAUGUCGCUCAACUAAACUGGGUAUCAGAAAUCAGAGGAAUCAGCGAGCAAGUGAAUAGCUGAUAGUUGAUAGUGAAUGCGAUUAAACUCAUCGAUCUUGCGAUAAACGUCCAGUGAAAACAAGGAUUAGAAAUCGAUGGGCGUCGCCGACACUCUGAUCCGUCAAUUUAAUUCCCUCAUAUACAUCGGCUUAUAAAUUAACAAGAAUUAUAAAAAUAAUUAACAAGCUUUUGCUGAUUAUAAAUUGGUUAGUAUUAUAAUUAUAAUAAUAUUAUUAAUAAAAUUACAGGCACGAGUGUAAAUAGAAGACGUCACUUGUCAGUGUCGCUCAUAUCAAUCUCCCGGAUUUUCUUAACUGGAUCCAAUCGGGGAGUGUGUAAUCACCAGGAACUCGCGUGUUUACAUCGGAUAGUAAAAAUUCAUUUUAUUUUUGUUAAUAUAAAAAUAACAAAUUGCGAUGAAGACUAAAAGAAGGUAAUUCCCUUACAUGUAGAUAUUGAGGAGAGGAAGCGAUCGUGGGAAGGAGGAUUAAUACGUGCCCACUGAUAUUGCAGUUGCAAGUGGAUACACAUAUAUUAUAUAUAAUGUAAAACAUCCAACAGAAAUAAUAUUUAUAUGCUGAUGCUGAAGAAAGAGAAAGAUGAAAAUGGUAACGGAAUUUGCGCUCCCGGUGAACGCAGCAUCCGAACCUACUUAUGUACACGAACGUGCCAAUCCCGCGUUUCCUCUCGCUAAUCUUUUACUAUUAAACUUCAUAUAUUAAUACACACACGUAUAAUUUAAAGCGCUUCCUUAAGAGCCCUUUCAUAUUUUCUAGCCUAGAAAUUUUAAUUAAUUUUUUUUUUAUUUCUUAUUGUAAUUAUUUCUUCUUUUUUUAUUAUUUUAAUGAC